CCCCCGUGCCUCAGGACACAACUGGGUGGAGCCCCAGCAGCAAGGGAAGCCGGGGAUGAGAGGAGGGGGCAAGUGUGGGAAGGGGUGGUUUCACAGGGAGCAGAGGCAUUUGAGCCAGGGCACACAUGCCUCAGCUGUGAGAGGCCCUUCUCCCCUUGGCUGGCUGGCAUCCCAGAGCAGAGGCAGAGAGAGACAGAGACGGUAGAGUGAGAGACGGAGGGUGAAGAGAAAGUUAAAGUGUAAAAAGUAGACUAGGUGGAGGCAAACAAGUGCAGGAGAAAGUUGUCGACUGAAGAUUGGGAAAAGCACCGGGGCCUGAGUUUGUGAUAAUUGUGGCUGAGGUUGUUUUUCACUUGUGUUUAACUGUAGUUAGUGUGCAAGUGGUUUUUAUUUGGAGUUGACAGCCAUGGCGGAUACAGGUGUCAAGAAGGAGCACUCAGCUCUGGCAGAGGUGUCUUAUGAUGAUGAUGACGAGGUCGCUCUGGUGGCUGCUGCCACUGAGCCGGCCUUCGAUGAUGAUGACCCUGAUGAGGAUGCCGACUUGGUGCAGGUCACUGGGGGCAAGAGUGAAGCCCAGAUGAACGGGGUCUUGGUUCUCUCUCUGCUAGACAAGAUUAUCGGGGUGGUAGACCAGAUCCAGCAGACCCAGCAGGGCCUCGAGGCCCGGCAGGAGGCCAUGGAGAAGUCCGUGUCAUCCAUCCAAGGGGAGCUGUCCAAGUUGACGAAGAACCACGUCGGCACCACCAACACGGUCAAUAAAAUGCUGGAGAAGGUACGCAAAGUCAGUGUCAAUGUCAAGAUGGUGCGCAGCAACCUGGAGAAGCAGGCUGGCCAGAUCAAGAAGCUGGAGAGCAACGAGAGUGAGCUGCUCAAGAGACGCAACUUCAAAGUCCUCAUCUACCAGGACCAAGUAAAGGCACCAAAGGCAUCAAAAACCAAGACAGGGGAGACAGUUGUUGAAGGUAAUGCAGUGGAAGGUCUUCAGCAGAUACCUGAGGAGGGACAGGAAGGCCCUCCAGCCAAUCUCAAUUCAGAUGAGGAGGUAGAGAUUGAGGAGAUCAUUGAAGAGUCUCGUACCAAGCGCCUCCAACGCUCCACCAAGCAGCAAGUGGACAACAUAAAGAAAGCCUUUUCCAAAGAGAAUAUGGAGAAGACCAAACUUAAGACAAAGGAGAACUUGGAGAAGACCAGACAGAAAACCCGUGAGAACCUAGAAAAGACGAGGCAAAAAACCAGAGACAAUCUGGAGAAAACCAAACACAACCUGGAGAAGAAGAUUGGCAAACUUGGGACCCGCGUCACCCCCAACCAGGAGCGCAGGGCGAAGAUGAAGAGCUCCAAAGACAAGGUGAGGAAGUCCCUAACCCCUGACCACACUGUCUAUGCCCGCUCGAAGACCUCUGUGUACCGCGUGCCCCCCUUCACCUUCCAUGUGAAGAAGAUCCGAGAAGGGGAGGAGGAGGUUGUGGAGAACACAGAGAUGGUGGAGGUGGCUGACACGGAGGGCCAACCAGAGGGAGAGGAGAACGGCCUUGGCGUGCACGUGGACGUGGAAGAAGGGGAGCUGGUGAAUGUAGACAGCCCAGGGAUGGAGGAGCUGUUGCAGGUGACCGAGGACUCUCAGCUGGUCAUGGUGGAGCCAGAUCGCCUUCAGAAGGCACAAAGGGAAUGAGCCUCCCAGCUCUGUAGAGAAAGUUUUGAAGAUGAAGAAAGGAAUGAUGUCUUGAUAAAUAAUUCUAAACACAAGGACACAAUAUUAGUCGUGGGGACUCUGUAGACUUGAUCACAAUCCAAGUGAUAUCCGUGUUUUCUUGUCUCUUUUUACUGUACCCAAUACGUAUGACUUUCAUAUUUGCAACUUUUUGGCAUAUAAGUGAGAUAAACAUAACAAAAACAGAGCAAGCUUUUAAAACGUGAUGCAGGCUGAUAGCUUAGACAUGUUUAGAAUAUUUGUAGUUGGUUUGAUUAAUUGAGAAGUACAAACGUGUAUAAAUAGUCUUUGCUGUUAAGAAGUACAUUAUAAUAUAUGAUAUGGUAACAGGAAGUUGGCAAGAUUUACACCAAUCUGCCACAAAAUUAAAAAUGGUAUGUGUAUGGUGGGUGUAUUUUAGAAUCAUUCAAGGAAAAUUAUUUAAGUCGCAUUACUAAUGUUUCUAAAUGAACUUUUUUCUGGUGCUUGAUGGUUUCAGUGACGCAACGUGUAAAAAUAAAGCAAUUAUAACAUAGACAAAAAAGUAAGACGGCAGGAGGAAAUAGAGAACAAUGCCUCUUAUAAUUCACAAUGCGUUAGGGCAAAAGUGCUGAAGCAGGGUUUAUGCCUUAUUGUAAAAUGUGAGCUUGUUUGUUGUCAAUGUUCUGUAAUGUAAAUUACAAAUGUAAAGUACUGAAAAUGGAUGUGUAAAGAAGCAUGAAUUAUCCCCAAGUAAAUGACAAAACUAUUGUGACAAUCAUUACAAACAACUGAGUUUUUAAGUUAUACUAUACUACUGUAUGUAUCUCUUACGACUCAAGGAUCCUUAAAAGGUCCCUUAUUUUAGCCAUAACACAAUGAGAUUCUAAAAGUCGACAACAAAAAUGUGGAUCGCAAACGUUGCUGUGAUUUAUUUUUUACACUGCAUGCUUGAAAACACUGUAUUUAUCCACUGCGUCAUAUAUAUAUGUUUUUUAAAAGUUUAACAAAGCGCACUUCUGCACAAAGGAGAGGAAAAGAAACAAUGGCGUUGCCAUGGUUACGGCUCAUCCUAGUACACUCGCACGGCCCCAUUAAAGGUAAUUGCAGACAGAAGAAUUAGGGACUGAAGAGCAAUAUGACAGUUUAAUGACUGGCUUUUUUAACACGGGGAGAUGCAAAUGUCAUUCUAAAUGCAGUUUGAGGCUCACAGCUCGCUGCCAGGUAAGGUAAGAUGACUGGCAUGGUACUUUAACAAAUGCCAGAACACAGCAGCGGCAUUCUGCAAUUUUGUGCACUUUCUUUGAAGUAAACAAGGAAUGUCCACCGUGAUGGAAGGAAAUGAAAACAGUGACAGAAAAGUGAGGAAAGCAAAUAAGAUUAUUAAUCUUGUAGAGAAGAUGUUUGUAGAGGAUUAGAGGGAAGCUACCUGGACUGUACUUGCUCUAAUGUAAAGUUUACAUAAAAAAGAAAAAAAAAAAAGAGGCAGCAUUCAAUCAUCAAAGCUGCUUUUGAUGAUGUAAAGCAGGGCCACUGAUGGUGAAUGUACAUAUAGAGGCUCCAUUUUCCUGCCUAGAAGCUGCAUGUGACCUUGAUGCGCUGGUGUAGACACACCGAAGCUCCACUUGUGUGUCAUGGAACACCAUUAAGAUAAUCAAUAGGCUGGGGGAUGCAAUUAAGGAGAGUGCUCCUUCUGAGCACCGAGCAAGGUAGAGAGAUGUCACAGGGACAGACAGAAAGGAUGUGUGUGUGUGUGUGUCUGUGUGUGUGUUUGUUUGCGAUUGUGUGGACUAUGAUGCAAAGAAAUCAACCCAUGACAUCACAUUGUAUAAAUACAUUUAUUAUUGAUUUCCUUUAUACUGCUAGAAAUACUAUUGAUUUCUUUUUUUGACAAAAAUCCUCAACACAUCGGUCCCUUUAAGAAAACGUGUGUUUUUGCCAAAAUGUACAUUUUUAUAAGUUACUGGUUAUUUCAAAAAGAAAAAAACAACCAGCCUGCUGCAGGUGUUAUGUAGGUUAUGCACAGCUAAUAUAUAGAAGAGAAAUGUGUCAUUUAAAGGGGAUUAGUUACAUAAAAGUGUUAAACAUGAUUACUAUAGGGAGCUUUUAUGCAUUUUCAGAAAACUAGGUUUGUCUUUUCUGUUGUGUAUAAGACCUAUUUUUGCCUAAUCACCUCAAUGCGAAUAAAAGCUUACUGAAAAAUGCA